AAGUAGUUGAAAAGGAUAUCAGUAAUCUUGCAGAAGUUUUAAAACCUAAAAAUACUCCUAAAGGAUUUCUCCUCUUAUACGUAAAUAUAGAUCAAGCUAAAGAAUUACUCACUCACUCGGAGAAAAAUGUGGUUUGUGCAAAAAAAGAAGUCGUCUUGUCUUACUAUCAGUUCGAGAAAGCAGAUGCAGAAAAACUUAAAGAGUUACUAAAGAUAUCGAUCCCCUUAUGCAUGGCACAGAGUAAAAUAGUUGCUGAAGUUAAGAAAUUACUCCCCAUUGAUACUUCUAUUAAUACAGACUUCGAUGUAUUGCAGAGCAAUGACCCAAAGGGUCUUAAUUCUGGUACAAAUUCUUUAGAGUCGAAUUAUACAAUUGAUAUAUUAUAUAUGGAUGAUACAGAGAUGAUAUUAGACAAAUACUGA